UUUUGUGAUUAUUCAUUGUAUUAUUAUUUACGAGUAUUCGAGUGCCGAUUGGUUGCAUCGAUAUAUUUUGAGACCGCUCCGCGUUGAUGAAAACUUACGAUGUUUAUCGCGGAAUUAAUUGGGGUUUUCAUCGUUGCUUUGAUUAUUGUGUAUACUUAUUAUAAGUAUGUGUUAUUUAAUUACUGGCGCAAAAGAGAUAUUUUUUAUAUUGAACCUGUUGUGCCAAUUGGUAAUUUCGGAGCUUUAAUAACUAAGAAAGUAUCAAUAGGCGAAUUCUUCCACGAUUUAUACGUAAAAUAUAAGGAACAUCGUGCCUUUGGAAUAUACGGGUUUUUUAAGCCAAAUCUGAUAAUUACUGAUCCUGAUCUUAUUCGAAUAGUGCUUACAAAGGAAUUCAAGAAAUUCCAUGAUCGCGGAAUAUUUUGCAACGAGAAGAUUGAUCCAAUGACCGGUAAUUUGUUUAUACUGCCCGGGAAGAAGUGGCGGAAUUUGCGCGUCAAGUUGACACCUACUUUUACUUCCGGAAAAAUAAAGCAAAUGUUUGCGAUUUUGAAAAUGUGCGGCGAUGAAUUUGCGAGGAAUUUAGAAAGUGUGACUCAAACAGGAGAUUUAAUCGAGAUAAAAGAUUGGUUUAGAAGAUAUACAACGGAUAUAAUUAUGUCGGUAGCUUUUGGAGUUAAAUCCAAUUGCAUAAAGGAAGGUGACAAUGAGUUUCAAUAUUGGGGGAAAAAGAUCUUUGAAAUACAUCCCUUUUGGAUCACUUUAUCUACGUUUAUGCCCCAAAUUAUGAAUUUCUUUUCCAUUCCUUUCUAUAAACGAAGUGUCACCGAUUUUUUUAUAAAAACGUUUCGAGAGAAUAUGGAAUAUAGGCAAAGUCAUAACAUCAUCAAGCAUGAUUUUAUGAAUCUGCUCAUACAACUUAUGGAGAAGGGCUACGUUGAAUCCGAUGAUAUGAAAGAUAUCAAUAACUCUUCAAACAUGAGUAGGCUCACUUUGUUAGAAGCGAUUGCGCAAGCUUUCGUCUUUUUCGCUGCUGGCUUCGAAACUUCUUCGACAACAGCAACAUUCUGUUCAUACGAAUUAGCUCAACAUCAAGACAUACAGGACAAAGUUCGCAAUGAAAUCGACGAAAUAUUAAAAAAUCAUGAUGAAUUGACUUAUAAUGCUGUGAAUGAAAUGACAUAUCUUCACAAAGUAAUAAAUGAAACAAUGAGGAAAUAUCCGCCUGUACCUGUUUUGAAUCGCAUCUGUACCGAAGAAAUAAAUCUUCCAACGACAAAUAUUCAUAUUCCAAAAGAUAUGUUCAUUAGUAUACCGGUACUCGGAUUACAUCGAGAUCCAUUGAUAUAUCCAGAUCCUGAUAAAUUUGAUCCUGAACGAUUUAACGAGGAUAAGAUACCAACUAGACAUCCUUACACUUAUUUGCCAUUUGGAGAAGGACCACGAAUUUGUAUCGGUUCGAGAUUUGGUUAUAUGCAAACCAAGAUUGGACUUAUAAAUCUUCUGUCAAAAUUCAAAUUCGAACUUGAUCCCCGAACUAUGGUCCCGCUAACUUACGAUCGAGAUUCCUUUAUACUUGCGCCCAAAGAAGGUGUAUAUCUUACUAUAAAGCCGCGAUGAAAAAUAAUAUAAUAAGCACUCUUGAAUAUGUUUAAAUUUAUUCAGAAUGUAUCACAAUUAUAAUUUUACUUUUUGUAGUAUAUUUUACUCUUGUUAUUUGUACUAUCAAAGAAAGAUAUUUGAUAGACAUUUAACUUGCUAGUUUUUGGUAAUAGGUUUUUGGUAAUAGGUUUGGUGCUAUUUUUACUACGUGAUGUGCUACUAGUUGUACGAUAAGUUUGAUGGGCGAUAUAUUUUUGAUAACAAUUACAAAAAAAAAAUAAUGAUAAAGA